CUCUGCGGGGGAAACCAUCAGUCCUCCACAGAUCUUCACCACGUGUUGUGUGGUCUCACACACAAAACGCACACACACACGCAAACUCUGAAAGGAACAGAAAAUCAUCUCUGGGUUCCUCUUCACCUUUUCUUUGCAAGAUUUUGGGAGGAAAUACUCCUUUGGAUCUCACGACAUUAUUAUAGUUUUGCACCUCACCUUUGUGAGGUAGCUCUUCUACUUUCUAAGUUUGUUCAUUUUCCUCAUCUUGCCUAUCUGUUGGGCUUUUUUGCCCUCUGUGACCAUGAAAUACUACUGCCCAGGUUCACUUCCUAGGUACAGGCGAUAUGCAAGGCACCUCAAGACUGUGCGUUUCCCCAAUGAUGUUCUCUUUCAGGACCAUAUUCGACAGGGUGACUUGGAGCAAGUAGGACGUUUCAUUCGGGCCAGGAAAGUCUCCUUGGAUACCAUCUAUCCCUCUGGAAUGGCUGCCAUCCAUGAAGCUGUGCUUGCUGGGAACCUCGACUGCGUCAAGCUCUUGAUAAAAUAUGGCGCUGACAUAAAUCAGAAAGAUGAUGAGGGCUGGACACCUCUGCAUAUGGCCUGUAGCGAUGGCUAUGCUGACAUUGCAAGGUACCUCAUCUCUCUUGGGGCCCAGAGUGAUGCCACCAACAAUGAGGGAGAUAAACCAUCUGACCUUAUUGACCCAGAAUACAAGGAUCUUGUGGAGCUUUUCCAAGCAGCCCAUGUAAACUAAGACUGUUAUCUCUUUAACUUUUUUCCAUGUGAAAUCCAGUUUCCAUGGCAGACAACAUAAUUUGUUGUAGGAAGGGGGAAACUAGCAAAGUUGCUCCUAUUAAGUUGGUAAGGGAGUGUAAAAUCUCCUAAAGGAGGUCAUACUCUAACUGCAAUAGGUAUAUAUGAGACUGACUACUUGGGGAUUUCUGAGAGACAUGCUUGGGAUAGUCCAUCCAAAAAGAAAUGAAACAUUCUUAAUCGUGGUUCAUUGUCCAAUUCAAUAGAUGACAUAUACUGGUUCUGGUGGUGUGACUGUGUGGGCAGUUUACAUAUAUGUUUGGGAUUGGACCGGACACUAAAUUUUGUAAGCAUGUAUCUUCCAGUUCUCAUUUUGCUAUUACUAAUUUUGAACUAUGACCUCAUUUUUCUGAAGAAUCCCCACAAAAUAACUAUGAAAAUAUCUACCUUCAAAAUGACAUAUGUAUGUACAUAUGGAUUAUUCUAAUCUAAAACAUAGUGUAUAAUGUUCUAUUUUUAAUGUGUUGCAGAUUCUAGAUUUGCUUUUAUACUGUAUUUUUUAUUUGAUUCCAAAACAGCUUUUUAUUUUUUCAAUAAA